GACACCAGAGGACGAGAACCCACAGAACACCGAGGACGAGAACCCACAGAACACCGAGGACGAGAACCCGCAGAACACCAAGGACGAGAACCCGCAGAACACCAAGGACGAGAACCCGCAGAACACCAAGGACGAGAACCCGCAGAACACCAAGGGUCUGGAGCAAGAGGAGCUCGAGGCGUAUGCCGCGAACAAUGCCGCAGAGCAGCUCCAAGGUCUGGACAGAAGGGACCCAGUGCCACGCUCACAGCCAGAAGGCCCACCGAGUGCAGAGGAGGUGGCAGCCCACAAUUUGACACACGUGCCUUUUCAGCGAUGGUGCGAAAGCUGCGUGGCUACCAGAAGCCGAGCCGACGCACACCACACAGGGGCCAACCGCGAGACCAAGGUGCCGGUGGUGCAAAUCGACUUCUAUUUUACCUCCCUCGACGACCACGCCAGGCCAGCCGGACAAGGUGAGCAGGACACGUGCUGCUUGAUUGGGGUGGACCUCGAGACCAAGAUGGUGCUUUCCGUGCCGGGCCCCAACAAAGGAGCAGUUAUUUUGCACAGGGCGGCUGAGGAGGUCACCCGCUUCACUAUUUCCCUCCAUGGCGACGAGGCUGUGAUUCUACAGUCCGAUGGGGAGCCUGCCAUCAAGGCUGUCGCCCGAGCUGUGGCCGCAGCCAGGAGCAAGCUUGGAAAGAAAACCUUGCAGCGAACUACGCCCGUGGCGGCCCACCAGAGCAAUGGAGGGGCAGAGCGUGCAGUGCAAACCGUGAGGCGUUUGGGGACGUGCCUUUUCCAUGCCCUGGAGCUCAAGGCCGGGACUUUCCCGGCGGACAUGCCUUUGAAGCUUUGGGCCCAGGUCCACGGGGCUUUCCUUUACAACCGGUUCCACGUGCUGCCUGGAGUCCUGCAGACCCCCUACGAGUUGGCGUAUGGCGGCCGGAAGUUCACCAAGGCCCUUUGCGUUUUUGGGGAAACUGUUUUUGGACAGGUCUUGCGGACACAUAAGGAGAGCGAGAGCGUCCGCCGGGCCACCGAGGAGCAGCAGCUGACAGCGAACCAGGUGGAGGACAUGUGCAUCACUGGUUGGCCUUGGAACCGAGACCAUGUGGAGCAACCCCGACGGCGCAAGAAGGAGCCGCGCCGAGCCGAAGCAGCCCCAACACUUGAAGCAGGAGUUCAGCUACCUCUUGGCGCUCCUCCAGGGCACCCUCUUCUGUCAGAGGAGGACAACGAGGCCCAAGCAGUCGAGGCAGCAGCCAAAGGCAAGGAGGCCGACACCGACAGUUCAGAGGAGCUGCGCCCAGCCGACCCGAAGGACGUGGCGCCUUUGAGAAGCCCGCCGCGGAGUGCAAGACCAAGCCCGUCGAGAGCCAGAAGCCCAUCGAGGAGCCGAUCGUUCUCACCGUCAUUUUCGCCGCGGUCUGUGUCUCCGACUGAGCGCCCCGACCGAGCCCGUAGCAGUGGACAAGGGCCCGGAGACAGCCCAGCGACCAAGCGCAAGGCCGAGGAGAUGAGCGGAGGAGGCGGCGAGGCUGCCACAACCGAACCCGCCGAGGUGGUGCACCAACCGGGCCCCGACGAGGCCAUGGAUGCUGAUGAGGAGUUCGCGGUUCGUAUGGUGGAGACCGUGGACGCUGCCUGGCACGAGGCCUGGGAGAACACCGCCUAUGGUGGUGAGGCCGAGGACUUUGAAGGCGAGCAGCCGCCCGACCUCAGCCCCGAGGACCUUGCCAAGCUGGACGACCAAGCGGAGAUUGAGGAGCUCACCCGCCUGGAGAGCAUGAACGUGCUUAUGGAGCCGAACCCCCAGGAGCAGGCCGAGCACCUCAGCACGGUCUUUGUGAAGAUGUGGAAGAAGGGACCCGACGGGUGGUUCAGAAGGGCCAGGCUGGUGGCGAGGCAGUACCGCUGGGCCUCGGAUAUGCUCGAGGAGGACACCUUCAGCCCAGCGAGUGUGAGUACCUUGGCGCGUUUGGUGCCACUUCUGGCCCAGAAGUGGGGCACCCCAAUCUACAUCAUGGACGUCAAGGACGCCUACCUUUGUGUUCCCCAGCCGGAGGACCGUGGUUGUGACGGCGCCCAAGAGUGGUAUCACCAGCUGGCCGGCGACCUCAACAACGCCAGCCUGGAAUCCAUGCCAGAGGUGCCGACCCUCUACAGAGCCAGUGGCAAUGGCGAGCGCUACGUGGCCCAGGUGCACGUGGAUGAUAUUAUGGCCACCGGGGACGCUGAGCCCCAUGGCCGGGUGGAGAAGGACCUCACCAACAGGUACACCGUGAAGAUUGCCGGCCCCUACCAGCAGCCUGGGGACGAGUUCGAGUUCCUUAAGCGACGGUACCAGAUCCAGAGCGACAGUUCCAUUACUGUUCGCGCCCCGGUGCGGCUGUACAACGACCUCUUCGAGCUGGCCGGCCGACCCAAGGUGAAGGCAACCCCGGGCCCGAGCGGCCAAGACGAUAUGUUCGCCACCGACGCCACUGAGGAGCUGAACCCGCGCGAGGCCACCGCAUACAGGACUAUGUCGGGAAAGGUGCUCUAUAUGAGCAACGAGCGGCCGGACGCCCAAGCGGUGAUCCAGAACCUUUCUUCCCGGGCGGCCAAACCAACAGCCAAGGCGAUGAAGCUGAUCAAGCACCUGGUUGGGUACCUUUGGGGGACCCAGGGCUAUGGUGUGAACUUGUGCCUGGCCCCCUGCAAGUCUGUGAUGAACUUCGCGCGUGGCAAGCUGACCCCCGACGAGCCCAUCACCGAGCACCUGGUGGAAGGCUAUUCCGACUCCAACUUUGCCAACGACCGCGCCACCCGCAAGAGCUUGAGCAGCGGCCAGAUCUACAUCGACCAGGCUCUCAUGUAUAGCUUUGUGCGGGGCCAGAAGGUGGUUACCUUAAGCUCGGGCGAGGCGGAACUUGUCGCCUUGACCCAGGCCACAAGUGAGGCGAUUUUGGUGCACAAGGCCUGGGUGUGGACCACACGAGAAGAAGCCAAGCUGGUGAUGAGGAGUGACUCGUCGGUGGCAAGAGCAAUCGCAAGCCGACUUGGAGUCGGCCGGGUGAGGCAUUUGCAAACAAGCUGCCUCUGGAUACAGCAGUGGGUGGCAGCCAAGACGCUACGAGUGGCGGCGGUGCCCACCCAGUUCAACCCAAGCGACAUGGGCACGAAAAGCCUGCAGCAGCGGAGGUUGAAGAUGUUGUGCUUCCUGGCCGGCAUGGCGGACGACCAUGGCAACCAUAUUGGCCAGGAGGAGCAUGCUGAAGCCCUUGGCCGAGAUGUUUUAGGACGUUCUGGCGGCGACCUUAUGGUGAGAAUGGUGCAGGCCUUGAUGGUGAUGACCAUGCAGGGCUGUACUGGCCCAGACAGCGGCCAAGCCGGGAUUUACUUGGAGGCGGUGCUCUUUUACUUCCUGGAGGUGUUCUACAACAACCCGGUAUUCUUCCUUGCGGCCCUCCUCACCUACGUGCUGGUGACCAGUCGGUGGACGCUAAGCUUCAGCGUUUCGAGCCGAGGCCCAGCCGGCUCGGACGCCGCCACCCAGACGGAGAACAAGCGCGCCGACAAGGAGACCGAGACCGAGCCGACCACGGACCGCAAACCCAAGGGAACGAAGCCCAACAAGCAGCCUGAGCACGAAGGAGCCAACACUCUUGGGGAGCCUACCCUCAAGCCUGAGACCCUGGAGGAAGCUAAGCGCCGACUGCACGAGACCCUCACCUACGAGGACUUGUUUGAGCCGAAGCCGGGGCUUGAGCCGGCUACGACAAGUGGUUCGGCGGCAGCGGCGGCCAGUUCUUCUUCCUCGACUACCUGUUUCUCCCAAGGGCGAACUGAGGCUAGGGUUGCGCUGUCUGUACAGAGACGCGGCUUCUUAGAGUGUGCCAGGCAGUGCCUCAGCAAGGCUGAGCUUGAAGCUGAGUGUUGGGUGACUGAGUUUGGGUAUGCCUACCACCGCCGCAGCUGUGGAAACUUACGGCAUGCCAAGAAUUUGAAGCGGACCACAGCGGAGGAGGCCAUUGAGGCAGGCAAAGCCGCAUGUAAUCAGUGCUUUGCAGACCAUUGGACCCCGACUGUGAAGUAUAGGUUCCCGGGUUUGAACUUGUGA